GACUCUUUUUCUCGCCUCGGCUUCCACCCUUCCAACCACAAUGGCAGAACGCAUCCCCUUCUGGGCAUACCCCCGCCCACACCAACAUCGCCCACCACCACUCUUCCCCUCCCUCCCACCACCACCACCACCAUCACACCACCGAAAACCCGCAGCCCGUCGAACCAAACGCGCACCCGCAUCCGCCAUCUCAGACCCAAACAUCAGCAUAUGGGAACCCGAUCCCACCCCACCGGUCCGAUACCCACCUCCCCAUUCCGCCGGCGCCGCAGCCGCGAAUCGAAUUCUCAGCAGUAGUAGUAGUUCAGGUGCACAUACGCGAAGGGUGGGGAAUGGAGUAUCGGCGAAGGCCGGACGGACCGGGAAUCGUACGCGUACGGGGAAUGAGAACAGCGAGAAUGUCCGGCCAGCUGCACACGUCGCUUUCACCGCUCCCGUGGACGACGCCAACGAAGCAGAGAGACGAGAAGAGCGGCACAAAACAACGCCGGGGCGUACGCGGAGUUCCCAUCCGAGAUCAUCCCAUCCCACUCUGAAUCACACCACGAGCCAAAAGAUGCGAUCAAUAACACAGGUCGAGGUAGACCCGCGCGAGUACGCUCAACAGCAUAUAGUCGACCCACGACUGCGCGGGAAACUGGGUCUGGAGCCUGAUGUUGAUCGGCGGUUGAUUCAUGUGGGGCCAGGGCCGUUGGGGGAGUAUAAUCGGUCGGGGGUACCCGUGCCCUCUAGUCGUGAGGGUGGGGUAGGCGGGGUGGGAAGGGCUCCGUCGCCGCAUUUAGCUCGGCCGAGUUUGUUUUCGUCGCGUGCGGUGGAGGCUGCGCUGGUGAGGGUGGAGGGGGAGGUGUUUGAUCCGAAGGAGGCGGCGCGACGGUUGGGACUGCGUGCCGGUGGGGCGGAUGUCGGUACGGCGGCGGUGGGACGGAAAGAGACGGAAGUGCGGGAUGUUGCGUUGGACGGGUUGAGGAGAGGGGUGCGGAGUCGGGUUACGACCAAGGCACUAAACCUACCGCCCCAAACGCUUCUAUACACCAACCUCCAAAGCGUCGCCAAAGCCUGCAACAGCCCCCCUCCCACCACCACCGCUCCCGCAAACCAAGUCCGCCGUGCACGCAUAUCCGUCCCCCGCGAUCCCAACCACACCCAACGUGCGGGCCCAUACCGCCCACCCCCGCCGGAAGUGACUGAUACCGUGUCGGUGCCGUUUCCGAAGAUGUCGGAAAAGGUCUAUUCGCGGUCUCCAGCAGCGUCACGAGCGACGGGAGAUGUCGCGAAAACGAAGAAGGGGAAGCAGGGACGGAAGAGUGCUGUGAUGCCAUCCCCGCCGCGGACAACAACAACAACGACAACGACGACGACGACGACAGAGAGGGCGACAGGGCAGGCGGGAGUGACACCUCAUGACGCAGCCUGGGAAUAUCUUCGCUCCGAGUCACGCCGGCUGAGCGCGUUUGUGGAGUGGAGACGGUUCAAGGCGGAUGGCGAGUUGGGGGUGCUUUUGGGUAUGGGUGCGAGAGGUGUUGGGAAUAAUAGGAAGGAUGGGGCUGCGUGAUGGGAUGUCGACGGGAUAUUGAUGACAACUGCGUUGCGAAAACUUCUGACGUGUAUGAUCGUAUGUUCGCCUUAUGAGGAUACCGAGAAUACAUUCAUAUCUGAACCCUACCGAGCGAGCAUGCCUGCCACGGUGUCGAAAUCGGAGAAAGAUGUCAAUUCCCGACCGCACGAGCGUCUUUCCGAGUGACUGUAGGGCGAGGAAGGUC